AUGAGCGGUCCCAGGGAGGACGGCCGCUGUCGCAGGGCCAUCAGCAUCCUCACCGAGCUGUGCCAGAAGAAAAGCCUGCCCAGCUUGGACCUGGAUACCUGCAGGGAAUUCCUCCUGCUGCCUUCUGACCAGAGCCUGAUUAUCUCCGAGCCAGAGCUCUCCGUCAGCCUCCUUGCGGUGAUAGUCAUUGUGUGUGGCCUGGCCCUGGUGGCAGUGUUUGUGUUCCUCUUUUGGAAGCUGUGCUGGGUUCCCUGGAGGAACAAGGCCCUUUCCUCCCACCUGGCUGUGCUGCGGAGCGAGGCAGGCAACAAGACCAGCAUGGCAGACAAGCUCAAGGACACGGGGGCCAUCAGCUUCCUGGAGGCGGCUGUGAAGAUCAGCCACACUUCCCCGGACAUCCCUGCAGAGGUGCAGAUGUCCAUGAAGGAUCACAUUAUGCGGCGCACACGGAUCCAGAGGCAAACCACAGAGCCGGCAUCUUCCACCAGGCACAUCUCGUUCAAGAGGCACCUCCCUCGCCAGAUGCACGUGUCCAGCAUGGAUUACGGCCUGGAGCCGCCAGCCGUGGCUGAGCAGCCCACCAGCAUCGGCCGCAUCAAGCCCGAGCUCUACAAACAAAAGACUGUGGACACCGAGGACCCCAAGAAAGAGGCAGAGAAAACCUGUGGGAAAAUCAACUUCACCCUCAAGUAUGACUAUGAGAACGAGACGCUGACUGUCCGAAUUCUCAGGGCUUUUGACUUGCCAGCCAAAGACUUCUGCGGCAGCUCGGAUCCCUACGUGAAGAUCUACCUCCUGCCUGACCGCAAGCGCAAGUUCCAGACACGAGUGCACAGGAAGACUCUGAACCCCACCUUCGACGAGUCCUUCCACUUCCCCGUGCCCCACGAGGAGCUGGCCAGCAGGAAGCUCCACCUGAGCGUCUUUGACUUUGACAGGUUCUCCAGGCAUGACAUGAUAGGAGAAGUUGUCUUGGAGAACCUGUUUGAGGACUCGGACCUCUCCCAGGAGACUUCCAUCUGGAGGGACAUUCAGUAUGCCACGACGGAAAGCGUGGACCUGGGAGAGAUCAUGUUUUCCCUUUGUUAUUUGCCAACUGCAGGUCGCCUCACUUUAACAGUCAUUAAAUGCAGGAAUCUCAAAGCUAUGGACAUCACAGGUUACUCAGAUCCAUAUGUCAAAGUGUCUUUGCUCUGUGAUGGACGAAGACUAAAAAAGAAGAAAACCACCAUAAAGAAAAACACACUUAAUCCCACCUACAAUGAAGCAAUAAUCUUUGACAUUCCCCCCGAGAACAUGGAUCAAGUCAGCCUCCUUAUCUCUGUCAUGGAUUAUGAUCGGGUGGGCCACAACGAGAUCAUCGGGGUUUGCCGUGUGGGGGUCAAUGCCGAGGGGCUGGGCAGAGACCACUGGAACGAGAUGCUGGCCUACCCCCGCAAGCCCAUCGCCCACUGGCACCCACUGGUGGAGGUGAAGAAAUCCUUUAAAGAGUGGCACGGCCGGGCAGCAAGCUUCGACAGCCAGGGCUCAUGUCCCUCCCCCAAACCACCCCCCACACCAUGAUCUGCAGCAAGG